GGAACUGUAUUUAAAGGGCCAGAAGGUUGAGAACCACUGCUCUUGAGACUGGCUCUUCCCAAGGCAAUGACUGCAUGACACCCGUUACUGAGCACAAUGUGGGCAAACCUCCCUGGUGUAUGCGUGCUGGAGAACAAGUAGAAACCUUUCCUGGCCAUGGUUUCUCUUCUGCAAACCCACUUGGUGAAGGUGACUUGGUUUUCAAUAGAAAUCAAAAGGAUAGGUUGGUUAUAUGUUUGCUUCUAGAAUGAAGAAGGAUGGAGGAGAACAGUGUGGGAGAAGAAUAAGAAAAUGAUUGACCUGCACAACGAGGAAUACAACCUAGGGAGACAGAGCUUCACCUUGGCAAUGAAUGCUUUUGGUGACAUGACCCAGGAAGAAUUCAGGCAGGUGAUGAAUGGCCAUCAAAACCAGAUGUGCAAGAAAAGGAGAGUGUUCCGGGAACCUUACAUUGCUGAAAUCCCCCCAAGGGUGGAUUGGCGAAAAGAAGGCUAUGUAACUCCCGUGAAGAACCAGGGUCACUGUGGUUCUUGUUGGGCAUUUAGUGCAACUGGUGCCCUUGAGGGACAGAUGUUCCGGAAAACUGGCAAACUUAUCUCACUGAGUGAGCAGAACCUUGUGGAUUGCUCUCAGGCUCAAGGCAAUAAGGGCUGCAAUGGUGGCCUCAUGGAUAAUGCUUUCCAGUAUGUGAAGUCCAACGGCGGCCUGGACUCAGAGGAGUCCUACCCAUAUCAAGCAAGGGUUGGACCCUGCAGAUACAGGCCCGAGGACUCUGUUGCCAAUGACACCGGCUUUGUGGACGUCCCUGGGAAGGAGUGUGCCCUCAUGAAGGCAGUGGCAACCGUGGGGCCCAUCUUGGUGGCUAUUGAUGCAAGCCAUCUUAGCUUCUAGUUCUAUAAAGAUGGCGUUUAUUAUGAGCGGCGCUGCAGCAGCGUGGAUCUAGAUCAUGGCGUUCUGGUGGUUGGCUAUGGCUUUGAAGGAGAAGAAUCAAGUAACAAUAAAUAUUGGAUUGUCAAGAACAGGUAUAAACCCCUAAAAAUACUUACAUUUGAAAAGGGAGACGUUUUUGGAAUCAGGGCCAAGGACACCGCCCAAGGUCGAGACCUUGAGGGCUCCGAGGUCCGUACUGGAGGUAGGACAGAUAGUCUUCCCACCAUCUGCCUCUUCCCUCUCGGCUCCGUGUCUGUGGCUGGUCCAGAAAACAGGCAGGCAGAUCGCCAGCUGCCUCCGGCCACCACCUCCCUGGGUGGAAUUCGAAGGAGAGCAAAGCCUUGGUUCAGGGAAGCUUCUGGAAGCCCACCAGGGCCGCACUGUCCAAGGGAGGAGAUGGGGCACGGUUCAAGUCUUGUCAGAAUGGAAAAGCCUGUGAAACUCCUGCAGACGUGGAGAACAGGCCCCCAUUCCUUCCCCCAGGACAGACAUGUUGGGCAAAGUGUGAAGGGCAACAGGGCAGGAAACAGAAAAGAGCCAUGA